AUGCGGAGCCACACCUCCAUACUACGGCCCUUCCAGGGUAUAAAUAGGGCGCCCUCUUCCGCCCCCCAGAGCCCACAAAAUAUUAUAUGCUUCUGCCACCAGCGCACUCCAUUACCCGGUGCUCGCCUCUCAUCACCACGCACGCGCCUGCCAAUUGCAACCACCAGCAUCAACCGCCAUUCUAGGCUCCCCACCCCAUCCACCCCGCCCCUCCCCGCCGCUGCAAUGCCCGCCAUCAAGCAGGAACUACCCUCGUCCCCCCCGCACGUCAGCCCCUACUCCCUCCGCCAGCGCCGCAAGCCCCCCGCGCCCUCUUGGCUCCCCGAGCAAGGCCGCGGCCAUCUCUCGGAGCUGCCGCAAGCCCGGCGCGCCCCAAAACGACCCGCCGCCACGACGCUUGCCGCGCCGUUCCCCACAGUCAAGGAGGAAUUCACGAUCCUCGAGGACCCCCUUGCGCCGGCGUACUCCGAGGAGGACCAGCGGACGCUUGAAGAGGCGCGCUUCACGGUGCAGGAGGCGGAGCUGACAGCCGAGCUGGUCCAGGAGCUGGGGCUCUUUCCAGUGCAGAAGAAGAAGCAUGGGCGUAAGAAUGCUGCGCGGGCGAGGAGCGUGAUGGGGCGGUUGGAGAGGAUGGAGGCGUGUGCUCUGGCAUGGGGACAGCAGGGUCGGUGUUUAGGUGCUGAGCUUGGGACUGCGGGGGUGGUUUUGAAGGAGGUGGGGAUGUGGAAGCAGGCGCUGGAGGGUUGUGGGUGGGAGGAGUGGGAGGUGAGCGAUGAUGAGUAUCAGCGCCGGGGAAGGGCUGCCCUGGAGGAGCUGCUGGGGGAGGUUAGGUUGGUCAAAGAGAUGUUGCAGGUUGGGGGGCAGGGCAAGAAGGGAAACGCGGAGGAGAAGGUGAGAGCCUUGGCAAAAAGGUACUUGCAGGUGUUCCAUCUGCUGGCGUGUGGGUCUGGGCUGGACGGGACCCAGGGAGUCGAGAUGGAAGUAAUCAGGGGGCAGAUGGCCAUGCUGCCAACAGGGACGGAGAGAACAGCGGAGGACAUCCUUGCCCAGGAGGCGGCGUUCCUGUGCAGUGGAAUAAUCAAUGGCCCUGGGGAGGUAAAAAAGGAAGAGUUAUGA